CCAGCACACAUUCUCUACUUCCUUAUUUACGGCCUCCUACAUCGUCAAGCAAAACUGGGUUACCGUUACUCUUUCCGUUGUUAAUUUAUUCCGCGUAGAUGUGGGUUGAUUCAAAUCAACAUACCUCACACCAACUUUAAACGUGUCGUUUUGCCUUGGCGGUAGCUUAGAUACUCGUUUGUUCGGCUAGCUAGACAUAGGGGCAGCCAUGAUGGCGUCUAGCUACAACGCGAAGGAAGAGGACGGCCACCAUUCGGGCUCCGUGGGCCCCGGCGGGCCCGGCACUGGGAAAAGCAAGAAACCGGACAACACCGCGUUUAAACAGCAACGGCUGCCGGCGUGGCAGCCCAUCCUUACAGCCGGCACCGUCCUGCCGGCUUUCUUCGCUAUCGGCCUCAUCUUUAUCCCUAUCGGCAUCGGUCUCUUCGUGACCUCGAACAACAUCAGAGAGUUUGAGCUCGAUUACACCGGCGUUGAAAUGAGCAGCCCGUGUUUUAACUGCUCGCAGACCUACAGCUGGAAUAAUUCGUGCAGAUGCUCAGUGCCUUUCACUCUGGAGCAGCCGUUUGAGAGCAAUGUGUUUAUGUACUACGGGCUAUCCAACUUCUAUCAGAACCACAGACGUUACGUCAAGUCAAGGGAUGACAGUCAGCUGAAUGGAGACAAACGCUUCUUAACUAAUCCCAGCAAAGAGUGUGAGCCAUACCGUAUGAAUGACAAGAUGCCCAUCGCACCAUGUGGUGCUAUUGCCAACAGUCUUUUUAAUGACACUUUGGAGCUGUACUAUGUUUACCCAAAUGGUACCAAAACUGCUAUUCACCUUGUGAAAACGGACAUUGCUUGGUGGACUGACAAGCAUGUUAAGUUCAGGAAUCCUGCAGGAAACAAUGAUAACCUCACCAUAACAUUCCAAGAAACCACAAAUCCCAUCAACUGGCACAAGCCUGUCUAUGAGCUAGAUCCCACUGAACCAGACAAUAAUGGCUUCAUCAACGAGGACUUCAUUGUGUGGAUGAGAACAGCUGCACUGCCCACCUUUAGAAAGCUGCAUCGCAUCAUCCAGAAGAAGGACAGCCUGACUCCAACUCUCCCCCCUGGGAACUACACCCUGGACAUUGCUUACAACUAUCCAGUCCGGAGUUUUGAUGGCCGCAAGCGUAUGAUCCUCAGCACCAUCUCCUGGAUGGGUGGGAAGAACCCGUUUUUGGGCAUUGCCUACAUCACUGUGGGCUCAGUGUGCUUCUUCCUGGGUGUAGUUCUGUUGGUGAUCCACCACAAAUACGGCAACCGCAGCAGCAAUGCUGAGAUCCCCAACUAGAGCUUUAAGACUGAUGUGGUUUAUGCUUUAGACCUGCUUGCUGAUGUCAGAUUUCUGAGUAUUUGUCACAAUGUUGCACAACGCUCCUGUGUACUCUGACUUUAGCUGUUACCUCAUGGCAGAUUGCAAUCCUGAGUGCAUACAUAGAUCAUUAUAUGUUCAAGCACUGGUAUUUUAAGUGUCUACUGUGUGUUUAGGUAACUUAUUUAUAUAUUCUAUGCUUGUAUCAUUCUGUCAUUCUUCAAAAAUCCUGCUCUCUAUCUCUCUCAUAUAGUAUUUUGUUCAAAAUCUGACCAGAGCACUAGUAAUAUAUUAAGGGCAUGCAAAAGCCUUUGCAUUUUUUUUAAAGAAACAGUUUAUUUUCUGGUACUGUUUCUAGUUAUUUCUUUGAUGUGCAUAUUGCAAAGUCUCCUACAAAACACAAUUUUGAGUGUGCAUCAGAAUGCAGCCAGAUUGCAUUUAAAUCCUUGCAUUUGUGCAAACAGAUAAUCCUUUAAAAUGUUUGUGCAUGCUGGAGUGCUUCUCUGUUUGAGACGCUAACUUAAAAGUGGACUGAAUGAAUGAAGGAUGUUUGUAAAAAUAGUGACCCAUUUUGUUAUGCAUGUAAACAUCCCUUACUAGAGGGGAUCCUGUGCCUCCUGAGAGUCCUUGUUCAAGGCUGUGUAUGUCCCUAGUUUGAGGAAUGCUGUGGUAUUCUUCAAAUAAGGAAAUAAUAAAAUGUUACUCUUUUAAAAGAAUUAAUAUUAGCUGAGUGGUUAGCUUUAACCAGUUUUACCAGCUUUACCAGAUUUGCGUGAAUGUAUAAUUGCAUGGAUUGACUUUACGUACUUGGAAAUGCAUCUUGUGUGUGUGUGUGUGUGUGUGUGUGUGUGUGUGUGUGCUUUCAUCUAAUCUUCAGUGCUUUUUCCACUUCUUUGCCUCCUACAGUAACCAGGAUUCACACACUUCACACAAAUAUAAUUUUAUUACCAGGCUUGGUUUAAUUUCAAAGAUAUGUUUUCCCCUCAACUUGUCUUGAUUGUAUUGCUGUUCCUCAUUUUCAAAAAGUGUACUCACUGGUUGGCGGGAACCAGUCCAUAUGGUUAUUUCUUACUUAUUUGGCCAAAGAAAAAGUGAGCAUGAUGAAUCUCCUUUAAUAUAGUCUUAUAUAAUUGGUGGACAUUUGUUUAUCAAAGUUUAUUGUGCAAGGUGAAGAAUUGUCAUCAUUUCAAUCAAAUGGACAUACACUAAUGUAUUUAAUAGGACCAAAAUAAAUUUUCUUUGUUUCCUGUA